CCUACAUCACGACAUUAUAGCUACGAUAGCUUCUACCAGUGACUCCCUAAAACAUAUCGUAAAGUAGUUUGGCCUCUAUUGAGCGCAAUAUUGAACCUCUAUCGAAGUUUUAGCAUCUCAAGACAGUGUGUCGAGAUCGCAUGUUACGGACCCUCCACCGCCCCUCAAGUACUUUUUCGAAGGCUUUUUAAGCUGUUUUAUCUGCACAGCCCCGCGACAGCACGAUUAUUUGCCUUUUGCAUACCCUCAAGCCAACUCUCGACAAUUAUUUGCCGUUACAUAAAAUUACAGAGCGACAAUCGAGCCAGCUUUUCUAUCGUGUUGCUACCUGGAAAACUCGGAAAUUCGAAAGUUACUCAAUAUGAAUCGUAACAGUACUCCGGAGGCCUCGACCGCCUCGUCGCUACGUCCACCUUCUUCACGAACAGUUGGGACUAACAAUCACCACCUCCGCGCAUCUGCCGACAUGGCUGCCCUUGCCGGACCCGCGACGUCGAACCGCAUCCGUCCCUCUUCGGAUUUCUACGGCCAGCAAGGACAGGGUCAAGGGGGUGCCGAUUCAGACCCGCAGGACAAGGUGACCCAGCAGUGGAUUGCCGACAUUGACCAAUAUGAGACUACUCUAGAAGAAAUGGCUGCUGCAACCCUGGACCAGGACUUUAAGGAUGAACUUAGUGCUAUAGAACAGUGGUUUCGAGUUUUGUCUGAAGCCGAACGUACUGCUGCUUUGUAUGCUUUGCUUCAGCAGACUACUCAAGUGCAGAUCCGUUUCUUUAUCCAGGUUCUUCAGCAAAUGGGAAAGAAUCAUCCCAUGUCUGGUGUACUAUCACCAGCCAAUUUUGAUAAAGAUCCGAUGUCAAACCGUCUAAGUGAUGCUAUGAACAAGUUAAAUGUUGGAUCGGCUAGGAACUCCCUUUCUCAGCCACAAGCAUCGGCGAAGAGACACUCGGGCCUUGACCCGUCAACCAUCAACGCUAUGUUUCCCGAUGCCGCGGCUGCUAUUGCCACCGAGAAGGCUAAGUUUACCCAGCAGACUGGAAACCAACCUCCUUCAAACCGCAAUAGCGCGGCUGUCGAUGCGCGAAACCCCCUGGCUGCUCCAGCUAUUUCUGCGCCGUCUGAAGGGCUUGAUCCUAAUGCGCAGAAUCCUGCGUCGCCUUGGGGUAAUGACCAAAACGCUUCGCGUCCUAAGUCGUCUUCAGGCCAGGCUCCGAUGGGCCAAUUUGUUCAACCGCCGCCUUCGGCCGGCCUAAGGUCACCCCGACCCCAAUUAGGUGGUAAUAAUGGCAUCCAGAACACCACGCUCAAUGCCCCGGACAAGUCUGCUACUGACCUACCCCUGCUUUCGCCAUACACUGCCGGAAGCGGGAACUGGGCUUCUAUGGUGAACACUCCUAUGGUUGCAUCGUUUAAUGGCGGCAAUGGCACCCCCAACCAGGCCGACAUGGUCGCCAAUGCGACGGCCAUGAAGCUCGCAGCUUUGUCUACCGUGAAUAAUCGUUUUGCCCUCGAUGAUGUGCGCAAGUAUCGGAGAGCCCGGUCUAACGAGGCUCCUGGUCAAGGCCAGAAUACACUUUCCGCUGGACCUCAGGCACACAACAUCCCCGGCGCGAAUAUUGUUAUGGUGAACGAACAUGGGCAGGUGCUGAGCAGAGACCAAAUGCUUGCAUUGCAGAACCACGGUGCCAUGGGUGGGUUCGCAGCUCAUCGCUCUCGACCAAGUUCUCCCGGUAUAGCAAUGCAGGCAGGUUUUGGCCAGAUUCCUUUUGCUUCUCCGCAGAACAACGGUUUCUUAAGUGCCUACGAUGGCACACAGAAUCCGCUCUUGAACAAUGGACUUGGCGCGAUCAACAUGGGCCAGCUUGGCGUAGGCGUUCCUGAGGGUUACCUAUCCGACCAUUCCGAUAUGGUUCGUGGUCGAUCCCCGCGUGGAAGACGUGGUACUUCGAAGCCUCCGGAGGAUCCAACUGAUCCAACUCUCCUCCAAGAUAUCCCGGCCUGGUUACGAAGCCUGAGGUUGCACAAGUACACGGAUAAUCUGAAGGACAUGAAGUGGACGGAACUUGUCGAACUGGAUGACAAGGCUCUAGAGGAGCGCGGUGUCAACGCCCUCGGAGCGCGUAGGAAGAUGCUGAAGGUAUUUGACCAGGUCAAAGAGGCCAAGGCAGACGGCAAGCUGGGCUAGCCACUGCAACCUAAUAAUGAAUAUAUUAGCCCGGUGCCAGAGAUCGAACAAUUUGGAACUUGAAAAGGCUUGCGCAU